CAGCAGCAUAGCCAUUAGCCACCCGAGAGAAAGAGAGAAAACAAACGACGUCGUUUUCUCCGUCCUCGUUUUGGUCAUCGUCUUCAUCUCUCUUUCUUCAUCCAGUACUUCUCCUUGCUUCUGUUCUUAUUCAGAAUUUUAAAGGAUGGCUGAUACCGAGGAUAUUCAACCCCUUGUUUGUGACAAUGGAACUGGAAUGGUGAAGGCUGGUUUUGCUGGUGAUGAUGCUCCCAGGGCAGUUUUUCCCAGCAUUGUUGGUCGACCACGACACACUGGUGUCAUGGUUGGGAUGGGUCAGAAGGAUGCCUAUGUAGGAGAUGAGGCGCAAUCUAAAAGAGGUAUCCUUACUUUGAAAUAUCCCAUUGAGCAUGGUAUUGUCAGCAACUGGGAUGACAUGGAAAAGAUCUGGCAUCAUACAUUCUACAAUGAGCUUCGUGUUGCUCCAGAGGAGCACCCUGUUCUUCUCACUGAGGCACCUCUGAACCCCAAGGCCAACAGAGAAAAGAUGACCCAAAUCAUGUUUGAGACCUUCAAUGCACCUGCCAUGUACGUUGCCAUCCAGGCCGUUCUCUCUUUGUAUGCCAGUGGUCGUACAACAGGUAUUGUGCUGGAUUCUGGUGAUGGUGUCUCUCACACCGUGCCGAUUUACGAAGGAUAUGCUCUUCCACAUGCCAUCCUCCGUCUGGACCUUGCAGGUCGUGAUCUUACUGAUGCUUUGAUGAAGAUUCUUACUGAGAGAGGUUACAUGUUCACAACCACUGCUGAACGGGAAAUUGUCCGUGACAUGAAAGAGAAGCUUGCAUAUGUUGCUCUGGACUACGAGCAAGAACUGGAGACUGCCAAGAGCAGCUCUUCUGUUGAGAAGAACUAUGAGUUACCUGAUGGACAAGUCAUUACUAUUGGGGCUGAGAGAUUCCGUUGUCCCGAAGUCCUGUUUCAGCCGUCUCUCAUUGGAAUGGAAGCUGCUGGUAUCCAUGAAACUACAUACAACUCAAUCAUGAAGUGCGAUGUGGAUAUCAGGAAGGAUCUGUACGGCAACAUUGUGCUCAGUGGUGGCUCAACUAUGUUCCCUGGCAUUGCAGACCGUAUGAGCAAGGAAAUCACCGCCCUUGCUCCAAGCAGCAUGAAGAUCAAGGUCGUUGCACCACCAGAGAGAAAGUACAGUGUCUGGAUUGGAGGAUCUAUCUUGGCAUCGCUCAGCACCUUUCAGCAGAUGUGGAUUUCAAAGGGCGAGUAUGACGAGUCUGGUCCAUCCAUUGUCCACAGGAAGUGUUUCUAAGAAACUCUGUAAGUGCUUUCAUGGUCGGUUACAUUUUCGGUUUAGUUGGCUUUUUCGUGUCCUGUGUCAAGUGAAUUAAAGUCUGGUUCAUGUGGGGAAGCAUUGAAGGCAGGGAUAAUUGGAGACUCUUCUCUGGUAUUAAUGUAUUAUAUAAGCCUUCAUCAGUUGUGAUACCCGCCGGUGUCAAUGCAACUGAGAUGGCAGCCCAUCAGACAAUUAAUUCUGGGGUCCUCCAUUUCCAUGCAUCUUUCAAACACGUUGCUUAGUAGGGUGUUGUUUGUAGCUGGAGCAUGAUUGUGGGGGUCAUUAUAUUUUCCUUAUUUUCAUUUUAAAAGCAUUUUUUUACCUGAGAACAUUAAUGUUAAUAGCUGUUGUACGGUUUAAAUUAGUGUCAGCUUGUGGUCAUGAACUCUUUUGAUGGAAAUUAUAUUGGAUGCCUGGUUUUUAAAUCUUAUGGGGGUGAAUGCAUUU